UAAUUUAUUUUAGUAAAAGUUAUUCAAAUAAAAUGGUGUGGCCAACCGAAGACGAUCAAAAACUUGAUGAGUAUGACGCCAUGGACUUGCCGGGUCAGCAACUACCGGCCGCGCAGGCUCGUACACCUUUAGAUCACAUAUUAAAUCUAGACAUCAAGUCACCAGCAGGUUGUCAGAGACUAACUGGAAUUAUAGCAACUAUGGGGAAAUCUACCGCCGAUGUCCAAGUUAUGGAGAAGAUAAUGUCAGCUGGUAUGAAUAUUGCUCUCCUGAAUUUGUCUUUUGGAACCAAAGACGAACAUAUAGAAACUAUCAAAACGCUACGACAAACAGCAAAAAACUAUAGUAUAAAGAUGGAAAAAGUUUUUCCCUUAGCCAUUGCUGCCCGACUGCCCGGCCGAAAGAUUAGAACUGGUUUUAUUUCGGAAUCUUACGGUGAUAGCGUGGAACUUAUCGCGGGAGAAGUAGUACGGUUAACGACAGACGAAACCUAUAAAGACAGGUGUUCAACUUACACUGUCUAUGUUGACUUCAUGCACUUUGCAGAGCAGAUGAGCAAAGGCAAUUACAUUUUAUUAGACAAUGAGGCUAUACAGCUCAAAGUUGAAAUGAUAUCGUCAACAACUUUAACUUGUAAAAUUGAAAGAGGUGGUUUCCUUGGGUCGUGCAAAGAUGUCUUCGUACCUAAUGUAACAUUCGAUAUGCCCAAUUAUACUGAAACUGAUAAAAUGUAUAUUGAACUAGCAGUGCGUAAUCAAUUGGACAUUCUUGUCGCGUCUUUCGUAAACUCGGCUAAUGCUAUUACUGAGCUCAGGCACUUAAUGGGAGAGAAAGGAAAGAAAAUAGCUAUUGUCGCCAACAUCCAAACUAUCGAAGGUUUUUGCAACUUCGAUGACAUUCUAUCAGUUACUAAUGGCAUUAUGAUUACAAGACAAGAAUUAGGCUCGGACAUUACGCCUAAAAAAUUAGUAAUAGCACAGAAAAAUAUGAUUGCCCGAGCAAAUAAAGCAAACAUCCCAAUUUGUGUAAGUGCUCAUCUUUUAAGUAGUAUGCGUUAUAAGGAAACACCUCUCAGAUCGGAAUUGCUUGACAUAGCAAAUUGUAUCCUAGACGGCGCUGAUGCCCUGGUACUUUCUGCGGAAACCGCAGUGGGUCAGUACCCGGCAGCCACCGUGGCAUGUAUGGCUACGAUAUGUAAGGAAGCAGAAGCAUGUAUAUGGACUAAGCAAACAUUCCAAGAUCUUAUUGAUAAGACUCCUCUACCCUGUGAUCAAACAACUGGUGCCGCUUUAUCCGCGGCGAUGGCUGCUCAACGAUCUUUGGCAGCUGCAAUCGUCGUAGUCACCUCGUCGGGAAAAUCUGCUCAAGUCGUGGCGAAGUACAGACCGCGCUGUCCCAUCAUAGCAGUCACCAGAUACGCUGCAAUCGCUCGCCAGCUGCACAUGUGGAGAGGAAUUAUUCCUCUUGUAUAUGAAGCUGACCCAGCUACAGACUGGCAACAAGAUCUUGAUAGCCGAGUGAACUUCUGCACAAAAUGGGCUAUGGGACAAGGAUUUGUUAGAAUAGGUGAUCCCAUAGUUUUGGUUUCUGGCUGGAGACAAGGUUCCGGCUCUACAAAUACUAUGAGAAUCAUUUAUGCAACUGCCGAUAUGGCAAACCAAUAA